GGAGGAUUUGGCGCCAGUCUUUGAGCGGGGAUGAGAGAUUAGGGCCCGGGGUCUUUCCGCCAGCCGCCAUUGCUCCUCUCCCGCCAUGUUCCUGACAGACUUUCGCAAAGACUUCUACGAAGUGGUGCUCAGCCAGCGUGUGCUGCUCCUUGUUGCUGCAGAUGUUGAUGCCUUGUGCGCAUGUAAAAUACUCCAAGCUCUAUUCCACUGUGAUCAUGUGCAGUACACACUUGUCCCAGUCUCUGGAUGGCAAGAACUUGAAACAGCAUUUCUUGAACACAAAGAUCAGUUCCAGUAUUUCGUCCUGAUAAAUUGUGGUGCCAACAUUGACCUGCUAGAUGUUCUUCAGCCCGAGGAAGACGCCAUAUUCUUCGUUUGUGACACUCACAGACCUAUCAACGUAGUUAACGUUUACAAUGAGACGCAGAUCAAACUGCUGGUUAAGCAAGAUGAUGACCUUGAAAUUCCAGCUUAUGAUGAUAUCUUCAGGGAUGAGGAAGAGGACCAGGAUUCUGGGAAUGAAAGUGAUGGAUCAGAGCCUUCAGGAAAGCGAAGGCGAUUUGAAGAGGAAAUUGUAGAAAGAACCAUGAAAAGGCGACAAAGAAGGGAAUGGGAGGCACGCAGGCAAGAAAUCCUUUUUGACUAUGAGCAGUAUGAAUACCAUGGAACUUCAUCUGCCAUGAUGCUGUUUGACCUGGCAUGGCUCAUGUCCAAAGAUUUGAAUGAUAUGUUGUGGUGGGCUAUUGUUGGACUAACAGAUCAGUGGGUCCAAGACAAAAUUACUCAAAUGAAGUAUGUAACAGAUAUUGGAACCCUACAGCGUCAUGUAUCCCGGCACAACCAUCGCAAUGGGGAUGAAGAGAACUCUCUUUCCAUUGACUGUAUGAGAAUAGCAUUUGAAUAUGACUUGUGCCUUGCACUCUACCAGCACUGGUCUCUGUAUGAAAGCCUCUGCAAUACUUCUUACACUUCUGCUAGCUUCAAGCUUUGGUCUGUGCAAGGCCAGAAGAAACUGCAGGAAUUCCUGGCUGAUAUGGGAUUACCUUUGAAGCAAGUAAAACAGAAGUUCAAUUCUAUGGACAUUUCCUUGAAAGAGAACCUACGGGAGAUGAUAGAAGAAUCUGCAAAUAAAUUUGGCAUGAAAGAUUUAAGAGUACAAACCUUCAGCAUCCAUUUUGGUUUUAAACAUAAGUUUUUAGCCAGCGAUGUCGUAUAUGCGGUCGCUGCUUUAAUGGAGAAUGUGGAGAAGGAUGAAAGUGCAACCGAUAACUUUAUCAAGGCUUUGGAUAGUCUUUCCAGGAGUAACCUGGACAAGUUGCAUCAAGGGCUGGAGCUCGCGAAAAAGCAACUCUGUGCCAUUCAGCAGACUGUAGCCAGCUGCAUCUGUACAAAUCUUGUAAUCAAUCAGGGACCUUUUCUUUACUGCUACCUCAUGGAGGGCACCCCGGACGUGAAAUUGUUCUCUAGGCCAGUGUCCUUACGUCUCCUUAGUAAAUACUUACUGAGGUCCUUUAUUUGUUCUACAAAAAACAAGCGCUGCAAACUUCUGCCAAUGGUUAUGGCAGCACCCAUGGAUCUGGAGCAAGGGACGGUGAUCAUGGUGGGGAUUCCACCUCACACUGAAAGCUCUGACAAAAAGAACUUUUUUGGAAGAGCAUUUGAAAAAGCUGCAGAGAACACUAAUUCUCGGACUUUACACAACCAUUUUGAAAUGUCUAUAAUUGAAUUGAAAAUGGAAGACAGGAGCAAAUUCCUGGAUGCACUUAUCUCUCUUUUGUCCUGAUGGCAAUCUGGUGCUGAAGAUAUGGAUUUUUAAAUUUUUUAUUUUGUUUUGUUUUUUUAUUUUCAACAUUUUAGAACCAGUUAGAAUUUAUUGCGCAUUGUGUACUUGGUUUUCUUAUAUUUAAAAAGUUUUUCUCUCCUCCUUGUAGGGUUGUGAUACCUUUUAAUCUGUGAAUUUUACCUUGUGUAUAUGAAAUGUGUAAAUGUCAGCGGUUGUUUUAUGUCUGCCCUACUUUUGUAUAGAUUUUGUAUAGACCUGUUUUAUAAUUAUGGGAGUUGCAGCCAAUCCAAGUUUUGUAACGGAAAAUUUUAAUCAAAUAAAUUUUUUAUUCCAGGAUAGCCCUGUC